UAAAGUUGUAGCCGUUAGCUUGUUAUGUGAUAUCAGGUGCAAAUGAGCAGAUUAGCAUUCACUUAAUUAUCAAUGUAACUUUCUACAGAGGAGAAUAGCUGGUUUUCACAGUGGCUAAUGUUAGCAUCUGAGCAGGCUAACGCUGGGCAGGCAAACCGCCCCCUGGGCUCCACCUGGACGUGAUGAAGGGGGACAAACUGAUAGAGAAACUGAUCAUAGAUGAAAAGAAGUACUACCUAUUUGGGAGGAACCCCGACUGGUGCGACUUCACCAUUGACCAUCAGUCGUGCUCUCGUGUUCACGCUGCACUAGUCUAUCACAAACACCUGAAAAGGGUCUUCCUCAUAGACCUCAACAGCACACACGGUACUUUCCUUGGACACAUUCGGCUGGAGGCCCACAAGCCUCAGCAGGUUCCCAUAGACUCUACAAUAUCUUUUGGGGCCUCAACACGGACUUACACCAUCAGAGAGAAACCUCAAACCCAAGGCAGUGCUGGCACAGGGGACAGCAAGACAGGAGAUGAUGAGGAGCUGAAAGGACUGCUUGGGCUUCCAGAAGAAGAGACAGAACUGGAGAACCUGACAGAGUUCAACACAGCUCACAACAAGCGCAUCUCCCUCCUCACCAUUGAGGAAGGCAACCUGGAAAUCCAGAGGCCCAAGAGGAAACGAAAAAAUUCCAGAGUUACCUUCAGUGAAGAAGAUUCCAUCAUUAAUCCAGAGGAUAUAGACCCCUCUGUUGGGCGCUUCAGAAAUAUGGUGCAGACUGCUGUCAUCCCUAUAAAGAAACGGAGAUUAGAGGGCCAGAACACUUUGGGUUUUGAUGACUUGACUUCAAAACGCAUGCACGGCUACGGCUUUGGUGGUGGUCUCUAUGGGGACUUGCCUCCCACCAGUCAUGAGAACCAGCCGAUAGGAGCUCCAGGAGGUGUUGCCAUGCAGGGAGGGCUUCCUCUCCCUUUCCCUAACCCAGCACCAGAGGUAGACCUGGCCCCUGAGGCUCCACAGCCACCUGUCACUCUCAACCCCACACCUGUUACAGCUCCUUACCUACCGGAGACCCACAACGAGCCACGAAAAAAGAAGUAUGCCAAAGAAACUUGGCCAGGCAAGAAACCCACCCCUUCACUACUCAUCUAACCAGUUUCUCAAAGCUGCUGACUCUCAGGUUACCAGCAGAAACAUCAGGGACUGUGACCUGGACGAGAUGGAGCCAUUCACUUCCAUUUUUUUUGUUGUUUUCUAUUUUGUUUUUUUCUUUUAAUUUGUCGUGUACUCGUUGUCAUUACAAGAAGUCAUCACACAAGUUCUGUUUUGGUCUGUCACAAGAUGUGUCUGCAUCUGUUAAACUGGUAGCUGAUAAGUAGAAGCUUAUUGAUUGCAACAAAAUUUAAAAUACAUUUACAGGACUUCACAUCUGAGGCUCAAAGUGGCAGGUAUGGUUAUCUGAGUGAUUCUUUACGAAGAUAUGGUGGGUCAUCGAGUUAUGUUUUUGACGAAUUUGAUGUAAGGUUGUAUUUUUUCUACAAUUUCAAUAUUUUUUUCACUUCUUUAGAAUGUUGAAAAUACUAUUAAAGGAAAGCAAAACGUA